CAGACACAGACUCCACGUCUGUCCAUCACGUGGGUUUCUGGAGGACCUCAUGGAGGACCUCGUGGAGGACCUCAUGGAGGACGUCGGUAUGACCAGCGACGGCCAAGAUCAAAGAGACAAAAAACACCACGGGACAAACGGCAGACACGGCACGCUGGUCCCUCAGGGACUCUGGUCCUCACACCUGAACCAGAAGAAGAAGAAAGUAGUCCUGCAUUUGGACCUCAAGAACACCAUCGUGGUGUGGGACACUCUGAUGGAUCAGGGGACUGAAGUGUCUCUCAACAUUUUCCUCUCGACCGUCACCUGGGGACGGAUGAACCAAGGACAGUGGGAGUGGCUUAGUGACGCGCUCUCACUACUGCCGCCGCGCACAGACGCCGUCAGUUACUUCACUCAGUUUGGACGCACUCCUGGUUUCACCUCUGGGGCGGGGGAACGUUUCCGCCGCGUCCUCGAGGAACAUCUGGAUCUGCUGCGCUGGCCCGAGGAUGUCGAGGGAGACAGCGAGCUGUCCGCUAAAGGACCAGAUGGACAACUGUACCACUGGAUUGUCCCCUCCUUCUUCCAGCUGCUCAAAGACUUGACGCAGGAAGGACAGGACUUUGCCGUCCUGUUCCGGACGUUUGGAACCGACCUACCUCGUGCGCUGAGAGCGAUGAACAGAGCGCUGAAUGAAGGAACUCACCCGCUGUUCCCCGAUCUGCCUGAUCUCAAGUUAAGUGUGAACAUGACUCCAGGAAAGAUCUGCUGCAGCCAGAGCGGAAUCGUCCUGAGUCAAGGUGAGAACCGCGUGUCAACGAUGCAAGACGGAGACCGCGGCCUGUAUCAGUACCUCAGCUCAUUCCAGGGCCUGGGAGGCUUUCGGGACCACUUUGACUGGUGGGAAAGUAAUUCUUUCUCCAUCCGUGGAGGGAAGCCGAUGUGGGUGGACCCGUUUGACAAGUGCGUUCAGCACAUCUUCAUUGACGACAACGUACGACCCAACGAUGAGCAUACCAUCGUUCAGCCCAAGGUCUUCCUGGACCCAGGUGGUGAUGACACUCGUCUGGCCUUGACCCCUGACCUCUACGACACCGCGCUGGUCCAGUGCGACCUCCUGCGAGCCAUUUCUGACCGCAGCUACUUCACUGAACGUGUGCGCGGCUGCCUGAAGAAACUGGGCUUCUAUUCGGAGCUGGUAUUUACACCCAGAGAUCUGGUCACAUGUGGUCAUCUCCACCAGGGAUCAAUGACAGAAGGUGCAACGUGUUAAUAGCAGAUGCUAGUGAUGAAGUCAAUGAAUGGAUUUGUAAGAACAGUCAAGAGGAGCGUGGAGAAGAUUCUGUUAGAUCAGGAGGUAAAAGGUUCUAAAGAGGAGGUUCUGCUCGUGCUCCUGUGUAAUUGACGGCUUCAUCAUGUCAAAGGUCAGACACAUUAGUUUACAGUGAGUUCCAGACUGACUGUGAUUGAUGACGAUGAACAUGUGGCGAUUUACUCACAAAGCAAAUGGUUCAACAGUUUGCUGUGUGUGUGUGUGUGUGUGUGUGAGUGUGUGUGUGUGUGUGUGUGUGUGUGUGAGUGCGUGUGUGUGUGUGUGUGCGUGUGUGUGUGUGAGACGUCUUUUCCCAGUCUGAUCAAUGACUUUUAUACACACAGCAGAUUUUCCUCAAAUAAAAGUGUCUAAUUAUGUCCCAAA